AUGUGGAUGUUUUCUUGGCUUUGUGCCAUUUUAAUUAUGCUGGUUAUUGCAAAUAUGAACACAAUUGCAAAGACCACACCAUAUACCAACUUUAUGAAGAAAUCUGAGGGAAAAGAGAUGCCAAAGGGUAUAAAGCCAUCCAGUGGCCCACCAAUGAAAGAAGAAGAAACCUCUUUCACUGAAAUGGCAGAACCAAUCACAGAACGCUUGCCCCUGGAUUCUGUCUUUGGCACUGCUACCCUCUUCCCUUUUGAAAACUUCUCUCUUGAUACAGCUGAUUUCCUUUUGAAGUGUUGUGAUUGUUGUUCUCCUGUACCAGGACAGAAAGGAGAACGUGGAGAGACUGGAAAACCAGGUCCAAAGGGAGAAUCUGGUGAAAUGGGGAUUCAGGGGCCACCAGGAGUCCUUGGGCCCCAAGGCCUAAAAGGCCAGAAAGGAGAGAAGGGUCUUAAAGGAGAACGUGGGGACCAAGGAACAAAUGGGCCUCCAGGAUAUCCAGGAAAACCGGGAGAACAAGGCAGCCUUGGUUCUAAAGGGGAUAAAGGAAGCAUUGGACUGGCAGGAAUGAAAGGACAAAAAGGCUCCAAAGGGGAUGCAUGUGUGAAUGGCACCAGAGGAGAUAAAGGCGAUAAAGGAGAUCGAGGAGCAGAGGGUUCACCAGGCUUACGUGGAGAACCCGGGGCCAAGGGUCAGAAGGGGGAGAUGGGGGCAAAGGGCUACUGUGGAGAUUCUGGGGAGAGGGGAGGAAAAGGGCAGAAAGGUGAGCAGGGCAUGAAAGGAGAAAAAGGUUGCAAAGGAGACAUUGGAAUGGAAGGCAAAAGUGGCCCACAUGGUCUGCCUGGGGCCAAAGGUGAUCCAGGGGUUAAAGGAGCAAAGGGAGAACUAGGUCCUCCUGGCCUUGUGGGACCAGCUGGGCCAAAGGGUGAGAUUGGGAACAAAGGAGCCCGAGGAUCUAUUGGGAAGAAGGGUUCCCGUGGCCUUAAAGGCUCCAAGGGUGAGGUGGCUGGAGCCACUAGGUCAGCUUUCAGUGCUGCUUUAUCAAAGCCUUUUCCUCCUCCCAACGUCCCUAUUAAAUUCGACAAAGUUCUCUAUAAUGACCAAGGAAAUUACAGUCCCAUCACUGGAAAAUUUAAUUGUAGUAUUCCUGGAGCAUAUGUGUUUUCCUACCACAUCACUGUGAGGGGUCGUCCUGCUGGAAUUAGCCUGGUGGCUCAGAAUAAGAAGCAGUUCAAAUCCAGAGAAACUCUCUAUGGUCAAGAAAUAGACCAAGCCUCUCUCCUCAUCAUCCUGAAAUUAAGUGCAGGGGACCAAGUCUGGCUGGAAGCUUCAAAAGAUUGGAAUGGUGUCUAUGUCAGUGCUGAGGAUGACAGCAUUUUUGCUGGAUUUCUUUUGUACCCAGAAGAGCCUCCUGGAAUUUCUUAA